AUGCCCAAAAAAGGUCCAUGUACUGAUAUAACAUGUGAUGAUGGAAUCAAAGAAUUAUAUGAGUGUCAUUGUUGUUCACGUCUUAUUUGCAUAAAUCAUUUGAUUCAACAUAUUGAAACAACAAAACAAAAUAAACGACGAUUAGAUAGUCUUCGUAAUGAAUUAAAUACAGUUGUAAAUACACUUGAACUAAUUGUUGAAGAAAAAUUAUUUACUAUUAGACGUGAACAAAAUUUGAUUGAACAAGCAAAAAAAUUUCUUGAUAUAUCAAGUACUCCAAUUGAUGAACUACAAAAUAUUUUCGAACAAAUUAAUCAAACAAUAGCAUCAAAUCGUUCAGGUAAAAACAAAAUUAGAUAA